AUGCCUACAUUCAGCAGUCAAGAUAUCCCUGAUCUUACCGGCCAGGUGAUAAUUGUGACUGGAGGCAAUGCCGGCCUCGGGUUUGAAACAAUUCGUCAACUCAGCCAUCAUAAUCCAGAAACCAUCUAUCUCGCAGCUCGAUCCCGGCCCAAGGCCGAGGAAGCCAUCGCGGACCUCAAAGAGAAGAACCCAAAAUACAAAAACAUCCGUUUCUUAGAGCUGGAUCUUGCCUCUUUCAAAAGCGUUGAGGCAGCCGCAGCAGAAUUUCUAAGCCAGCAAUCUCGCCUGGACAUCCUUAUCAACAACGCCGGCAUCAUGAUGACCCCGGAAGGUCUCACGAAAGACGGAUACGAGAUUCAAUUCGGAACAAAUGUCCUAGGCCCGGCUCUCUUCACUCAGCUUCUCUUGCCCACGCUGCGCAAUACAGCAAAAAUCAACAGUGAGACUCGCAUGGUCAUGCUCGCCUCUGCCGCCCACUCCAUGGCCCCAAAUGACAUCUACGAAUUCGACCAGUACCGAACCACUCUCGCCAAAAGACAUACUACGGAGAGAUACACGACAUCCAAACUCGCCAACAUUCAUUACGCAAAAGCCUUGGCUGAGAGGGAGACUGGUGUCAAGAUCAUACCGGUUCACCCUGGCAUGGUAGCGACAAAUCUGCAUCAUGCUUCAACGGGUACCUUUCUCAGACCGUUUCUCUACAUUGCGGGAUUCUUGGCGGCUACACCAGUCGAGAAAGGCGCUCUGUCUCAGAUUUUCGCGUCUGUUAGCCCUGAAGCGAAACACGGUCAGUACUAUGGGCCUAUUGGAAAGGCUGAGUCGGGCUCUAAGCUUGCUCAGGAUCAUGACCUUCAGGAAGCGCUUUUCAAAUGGGUCCAGGGAGAGCUUUCGGGACAUGUUGAGACCAUCUUUUAA